AGUACCAUUUUCUAGCAAAGAAAGUUAUCUCUCACCAAGUGACAUCAAUCUCACCUCCUAUCGAGGGAGGCAAAAGUAGCCGAGGAUGAUCGGUGAAAUGGAUGCGGACAGUGUUGUAGGAUAUUUCAGGGGCAAGAGUAUCCUCAUCACUGGUUCAACUGGCUUCCUAGGCAAAGUGCUCGUAGAGAAGAUACUGAGGGUUCAGCCUGAUGUGAAGAAGCUCUACCUCUUGAUUCGGGCCCCUGAUGCUGUAUCCGCGAAGCUUCGGAUUCAGACUGAGAUCAUAGGUCGGGAGAUCUUUCAUGUGCUAAAAGAAAAACAUGGUGUGCGGUUCAAUAAUUUCAUUGAGGAAAAGAUAUGUCCGUUGGUGGGAGAUAUCAUUUAUGAAAACUUUGGACUAGACAGUGCCCAGCUAGGGGAAUUGUCCAAGGACGUAGAUGUCAUCGUCAACGGAGCUGCGACUACAAAUUUCUUUGAAAGAUAUGAUGUGGCUUUCGAUGUGAAUGUCUUGGGUGUGAAGCACAUCUGCGCAUUUGCAACAAAAUGUCCUAAGCUCAAGAUGUUGCUUCAUGUUUCAACAGCCUAUGUAGCUGGUGAGCAAGAGGGGAUAAUACCAGAGAAGCCGAUUUUGAUGGGUGAGACCAUAAAGGUGGGCACACAUCUAGAGAUCGAAUCGGAGUUAAAUUUAAUCAAAGUGACCAUGCAAGAACUAAAAGCUAGUUGUUCCACGGAGAAGGCUGGGAGGAAAACUAUGAAGGAGCUUGGCCUCAAGAGGGCUCGACACUUCGGGUGGCCGAACACCUACGUAUUCACCAAGGCAAUGGGGGAGAUGAUGAUGGGGCUCCUACCAAUGGACUUUCCGGUUGUCAUCAUCCGCCCAAGCAUUAUAACCAGUACCCUCAAGGAGCCAUUGCCUGGAUGGAUGGAAGGAAUCAAGACAAUCGACUCGGUGGUCAUCGGAUACGCCAAGCAGACCUUGCCCUUCUUCUUAGUCGACCUAGAUUUAAUAAUGGAUGUGAUUCCAGGGGACAUGGUGGUGAAUGCUAUGAUGGUUGCCAUGGUAGCACACUCAGAGGAUCAGCAGGUGCAAAUCAUCUAUCAUGUAACAUCGUCGCUGCGGAACCCAGCACCUUACGCCAUCCUUUGGAAGUCUCUCUUUCGGUACUUCAAUGACAACCCCCCAUGCACGGGAAGGAAUGGUGAGCAUGUUCGGCUGAAGAAGAUGCGGUUCUUCAGCUCUGUCAUGUGGUUCAGGCUGUACAUGGCCUUCAAGUACAUGCUUCCCCUCGAGAUGCUUCGCCUAGUGAACAUUGCACUUUGUGGUGUUUUCUCACGGGUAUACAACGAACUCAGCAGAAAAUUCCGAUUCAUGAUGCAGUUGAGCGAAUUAUAUGCACCAUACACUUUGUUCAAAGGGUGCUUUGAUGACAUGAACUUGGAUAAACUAAGGAUGGCGAUGAAAAAGGACAAUCAAAAUAACAAUGGGGCCUAUUACUUUGAUUUUGAUCCCAAGUACAUUGACUGGGAAGAUUAUUUCUACAGUGUUCACAUCCCUGGUGUGCUCAAAUAUACGCGUGAUUGAGUUAUGAUUUAACCAGCCAAAUUUCCAGUGCAGUAACUAGCCAUGGAAAUACAAUUAAUAUUCGUCUAUUCUUGUUAUCAAACACAUAUGUAUUUGUAUUGUACUCCAUUUGUUACGCUACUCUUCUGAGUAUGUUUGCAAAUCUACUGUACGGAAAUGGUGGCAGUGUUUGCCUGAUGCCAGGAAAGAGCGUAGUAUGGGCGGCUCUCAGAGCAUGUUCUGGAGUGUAUGCUUUAGAUUGCAACAGUACUUGAUUUGGUUAAUAAAGCUAUCCCCUUGUGUGCA